AUGACAUAUUCACAAGUUCUGAACAAGCUAUAUGAAGAAUUGAGUGUUGAUCCUAGAGGUGUGGAGUUGAAGGUGGUUAUGCGUUAUCCUAUGGCUGGGGCAUAUGUUGCAAUUCCGUUAAAUGACGACAACGCUGUUAGAGCUAUGUGGAUUGCUGUGACUCAGAGUUCUUCUGUUGCAAUGCAAUUGUUCAUUGAACAAGUCCCAAAGGAGCCAGUUGUGCAAACUAACACUGGUUCCUUUCCGGGGAUGGAUUUUUUUGGUAGUGUGGAUCAACCGUUUUCCACUAGUGUUCAAAGUGUGGGCAUAGGGUCAUUCACAAGAAUGCUUGUUGAUCCACAUUAUGUCAAUGACCAUCUCUCACAGUUUAGGUCUCCGGCCUCAUCGCCUAAUGUUGGAACCUCGACAAGCACAGAACCACAAGGCAUUCUUGAUUCUCUUGACCCAAACAAUGUUGAUGUAUUUGGCGAUGCAGAGAUGAAUGACACUGAUGAAGAUGAUGAUGAAGAGAUAAUUGAAGCUCGUGAUAAGGCAAUUAAAGGAAGCGCCCCCACUUCAGACUUCAAUGAAGUGGCGCAAGUUGAUCCUCGUUUGAAUAACUCAUGGAUGUCUUGGUUAGGAAAUGAGACAUAUAACAAUGGGGGAGAAUUUGAGGUUGGUCAGCAGUUUGACUCAUUGCAACAACUGAAAGAUGCUGUGAAAUCUUACUCCAUAGCUAGAAAUCAAACAAUUCGAGUUGUGGAGGCAGAGCCAGAGAAAUAUGUUGUUGAGUGCAAGAGGAAAGAACAAUGUAGUUGUUCGUGGAGGCUUAGAGGAGUGAAAGAUCCAACACUCUCUACGUUUAAAAUUGUGAGGUACAACGGCCCUCAUGCAAGUAACUGUGUUGGUGACAUCGACUCGGGAGAUCAUAAGCUACUGACUUCCGAGUUCGUUUGCAAUGCUCUUCUAGAUGUCAUUCGCGUUGAUCCUUCAUUGAAAAUCAAGACAAUGGUGCAACUUGUGAAAGAGAAAUUUGAUGGAUUCCAAAUAACCUACAAGAGAGCAUGGCUAGCGAAACAAAAGGCAAUAAAACUCAUUUAUGGGGGUUGGGAGGGUUCAUAUGAACAGUUGCCUAAGUACAUGCAAGCUCUCAAGGAAUCAAAUCCUGGAACUGUUGUUGAGUGGAGGUUGUUAGAGUGUACGGUUCCUGGAACACAUGUUUUUCAACGAGUCUUUUGGGCAUUCAAGCCAUGUAUUGAUGGAUUCCGUCACUGCAGACCCCUUAUCACCAUUGAUGGCACUCAUUUAUAUGGCAAAUACAAAGGCACUCUACUCAUUGCUAUGGGAACGAAUGCCAAUUUUCAACUAUUCCCCCUUGCUUUUGCGGUUGUCGAAGGAGAGAACAAUGAUAGUUGGUCUUGGUUCAUGGCUUGUAUUCGUGCUCGAGUUACAGAUAGGAAAGGGCUAUGUGUGAUAUCUGACAGACAUGCUGGUAUUUUAGCAGCAAUGGAAGAAGUUGGAAGUGGUUGGGAGGAGCCCAAUGCCUACCACAAGUACUGUACACGACACUUGGCUUCUAAUGUGAACUCAAAAUUUAAAAGUGUCGUCAUAAAGAACCUCUUUGGCAAAGCAGCUACUGCAAGGCAGAAGAAGAAGUUUGAUUACUACAUCAACAAAAUUGGUGACUUGAAUGUAGAGGCCCGUAGGUACUUGAUGGAAAUUCCGUACAGUAAGUGGUCCAUUCAUCAUGAUGGUGGUUUCAGGUUUGGUGUAAAGACUACAAACAUGUCGGAAGUUUUCAACGGAGUCUUAAAGGGGGCUCGAUGUCUCCCGAUAACCGCUUUAGUGCAAAUGACCUUUUUCCGGGUUAACUCCUAUUUUGCAACUAGAAGAAGUUGGAGUAAAAGAAGACUUGAAGAGGGCCAUGAGUUAUCGGAAAAGGCUAAGAAGACAAUAGAAGCCAACAUGGAGAAAGCCGCGCACCAUGAGGUUGUUGCUUUUGACUAUGAUGCCAUCGGGUUGUAUCAGGUUAGGACCGGUCGUGGAAGAAGAAAAGCUGGUAAAGGUGGUAACUCCCACACUGUGAAUCUGUUGAGCAAGACAUGUACUUGUGAGAAAUUGAGAAUAUACAAGCUCCCAUGCUCUCAUGUACUAGCAGUUUGUCGUCAUAGAAGCCUAUCACAUGCAGACUUUGUGGAUUCUUUUUUCAUGACCGCCGAAUAUAGGCGUUCAUACGCGAAGUGUUUCGCACCAGUUCCUGAUCCUUGCCACUGGUUAGCUUACAAUGGUCCUACUACUAUUGCCAACCCAGAUUUGAAAAGAGGCCCAGGCCGACGGUCCACUAGAAUUCGAAAUGAAAUGGAUGAGCGUCCCAAUCGUGUGAAGAAGGCAUGCAGUGUUUGUCGGCGACCUGGGCAUAACAAGAAGACAUGUCCUACUCUUAUUGGUGGAUUUGGAUCAUCUGGGUAA